CGCUUUGACGUUUGGCUCUUUAAUUUAAUCUCUGGCAAAAUCGAAAGGGUUGAGAAACAGGCGAUUCCAGCAACACGUGUUUUCGCGGUCUCCAUUUACUCGCGGUGAAAAUGCUGAACGAAGAGAAAUUGCAACAGUUGGCGCUGAAAUUGUUCGAGAUCGAUGCCUUCAAAUUCGGCGACUUUAAGAUGAAAGUGGGCAUCAAUUCGCCGGUCUACUUUGAUCUGCGGGUAAUCGUGAGCCAUCCGGAUGUAAUGGACACUCUGACCGACCUAUUGAACGAGUUUAUUGCCGACAAGAAGCUCAGCCAAGCGGGCGGCCACUUGUGCGGUGUACCCUAUACGGCGCUGCCCCUCGCCACGCUCGUUUCAAUUAAGGGCAAUAAACCGAUGCUGAUACGACGCAAGGAAGCGAAAAAGUACGGCACCAAAAAGCUGAUCGAAGGCAAGUUCAAUGCCGAUGAUACGUGCCUCAUCAUCGAGGAUGUGGUUACAUCCGGAUCGAGCAUCUUGGAAACGGUUGAAGAUUUGCGAUCGGAGGGUCUGGUGGUAACGGAUGCGAUCGUUGUGGUUGAUCGGGAACAAGGAGGAGCCAAGAACACGGAAGAACGCGGCGUCCGGAUGCAUUCGCUUUACACCCUCUCCUACCUGCUGAAGGUGUUGCUGGAAGCGAAGCGCAUCGAGGAGAGCACGGUCAAAGCAGUGGCCAAGUACAUCGAGGCAUGCCAGAUCCGCAGCGAUGGUUCGUUCAUGCACGGCAACGGAACGAAGGUGGUGAACGAGCUGACCCGUGUCGGUAUGACUUUUGAGGCUCGAGCCGAUCUGGCCAAGUGUCCGCUGGCGAAGGAUCUGUUCAAACUAAUUGCCACCAAGAAGACAACGCUCUGUCUUGCCGCCGACCUGGCCACCAGUGAGGAGAUCCUGAACAUUGCCGAGGCGGCAGGACCCUACAUUUGCAUCCUGAAAACGCACGUGGACAUUGUGAGCGAUUUUAGUGAGCAGUUCGUACGCUCGCUCCAAUCGCUGGCCAAGAAGCACAAAUUUUUGCUGCUAGAAGAUCGCAAAUUUGCCGACAUAGGCAACACGGUAGCGCAACAGUACGGUGGUGGGUUGUAUCGAAUCGCCGAGUGGGCCGAUCUGGUGACCGUCCAUUCACUGCCGGGACAGGGCAUAUUGAAGGGCCUAAAGGCGACCAUCGGUGACAAACCGGCCACACUGCGCGGUGUCUUUUUGCUCGCGGAAAUGAGCACCCAGGGUGCCCUGACCGAUGAAAAGUAUGCGACAGCCACAAUGAAAAUUGCCACCGAAAUGGAGUCGGACUUUGUGGCAGGCAUCGUUUGCCAGGGUAAGGAUGUGGUGACAUCGCCUGGAUUACUUCAAUUGACACCGGGGGUAAAGCUGGAGGAAGGAGUUGAUACACUAGGCCAACUGUACGACAGCCCCGAGCGCGUGGUUAAGGAACGUGGUGCAGACAUUUGUGUCGUUGGUCGGGGUAUUCUUAAUUCGAAAACUCCCUCGGAAAUGGCCCGUGUCUACCGUGAUCGGCUGUGGGAAGCCUAUCUGGAGCGUGUUUCUGGCGAUAAGAACGGCUCGGAAAAGAAUGGAUAAACGGUAUAGUCAUUGAGCAUUGGAAAUGAUUCAAUCGACAUGCUAACCCCGGACGAUAAAUUGGUGAUUGAAAAGGUAAUUUAGAUUUCAAAACGUUCCACACUUCAGAAGACACAAUGGAUCUGACAAAAGUGAAAUUUUCUUGUAUCGCAGCAAAAACGAUUAUUAUUAAAAAAUAUAUACAUUUAUUG